AGCUGAUAUGGCUGUGUCUGUUGUAUCAACUAGGCGUUCCGUGUUAGGAGAAGGUCCGCACUGGGACGAGAGUAGCAAAACGUUGUUACAUGUAGACUUGUAUUCAGGAGACAUAUGUUGGCUAGACCCUCAGACUCUAGAUACUCAAACAAUUCAUCUUGAUCACGAAUUUGUGACAUUGGCCGUGCCGUAUGCUUCUAAUCCACGCCAUCUGGUGGUAACAACUGGAACUGAAGUACGCAAACUUCAAUGUGACACAGGGGAGACAGAAAGUCUGGUUGAAGUUGACAAAGAGGUUAAAAAACGUACACGUUUCAAUGAUGGAAAGUGUGACUCUACUGGAAGACUUUGGGCAGGUGAGGAGUUUACACUUU